CCAAUCCCCCGCACUUGCUACGUAAUGGUAUCGUCCAAAAUGGCAGCCUCCUUGAUUAAACGAUGUUUGUAUGUCAAAUGUAAAAGUUUAACCCCAUUUCUCUCAGUCAGACGAUGGUUGCUCUCUGCCGCUUACACUGACCCCAAAGUAUGGGAGGCAAGGAUGACCGAGCCCCACAACCUGGCUGCACUGGCCAACAUGAUGGACAGAACGUAUGACAGGAACUUCCCUGUCAGCUCGCUGACAAUCUCACGGUUUGUUGACAACAUAUCAUCUAGAGAGGAAGUUGACCAAGCAGAGUAUUAUCUUUACAAGUUUCGCCACAGCCCAAACUGCUGGUACCUGCGAGACUGGACCGUUCACAGUUGGAUCCGCCAGUGUCUGAAAUAUGGAGCAAAAGAUAAAGCCCUGCACACACUAAAAAACAAGGUCCAGUAUGGGAUAUUUCCAAAUGACUUCACCUUCAACCUGCUCCUGGAUUCAUUUAUUAAGGACAAAGAUUUUAAGAGUGCGUGUUUUGUGGUUGAAGAAAUCAUGCUUCAGGAGGCGUUUGACCUCCACUCCACUCAGAUCCUGUCUCUGUACGCUUUGAGCAAUUAUCUGUCAGCAAAACCACAACUUACUAUCUUAGAGGAGAGAUCUCUGGGAGCGUCUCUGCUCCUGUGUGGACUGAAGCAGCACAGUACCGUCGGCCUCAGCGCUCAGCUUCUUGGAAAUGCUCUUCUUGGCAAGGUGGAGUUUUUAAAGGGCAUACACGACGUCUUUAAGGGUAUGCCGCUCUUCUGGGCUCGAGGGUAUCUGGGACGAUCUCUGGACGUCAUGGAGGUGGCGGCCGCCGACGUGGGUCAUGUCAAGCUGUCCAAAGACGCACUGGACUUUGUGAACGCCGUGCUGCAGGAGUUGUCGUCACACACGGACUCCUCCGGAGAGCCGUUAGAAAAAGACGACAAGAAGGAAGAGGAGGUAGAUGAAGAUGAUCUGGCCGAGAAGGCCAAACUCCCCAACUAUGUCAGCAGAUUUGAGGAGCUGAUGAGCCAGCUUGAGUCUCGUGGUAAAGUAGAGCCCACCUCCUUCAAGGCUACGGUGACGGCUAUGUGUGAGCAGCAGCUGGCUGAUGCAGAAAAACCAGACCUGGAGGAGUACCUGAGCCAGGUACAGAGCUGGGAGGCUGAGAGGAGGCAGCUGAUCCAGAGGGAGCAGGAGACGAGGCAGAAGGCUGAGCAGGAGAAACAGGAGCGCUUAGCUGCCAGAGCUGCAGCUCAGCAGGCGUAGAGAUUCUGUGAGCUCUGUGUUAAAAGCUUUUCUCUAUACAAAACUGGCAUGCAACCCUGUUACUUUUGUAUAUAUCAUUUACUGCAUUUUUCAGAUGUAACUGGACGUCUGGGUCAAAAGAAAUAAACUCUUAUUUGUAUAAAAAAA